AUGAAGUGGACUCUCUUUGCAUCUGUUGUGCUCCUUGCGUCCGCCCAUGUGCUUGCGCUUCUUCGAUUCCCCUGCGCUCAGCUCGUCUUAGAUCGCCUCGAUCCAUUGGUCAACCCUGGAGCUAUCCCUUCUCCUCACCUGCACCAGAUUGUAGGAGGGAACUCCUUUAAUGCGACCAUGGACCCGAAAAAAGACAUGCCUAAGGAGUCUACAUGCACCACUUGUCAAUUCAGCGAGGAUUUCUCCAACUACUGGACUGCUAUAUUAUACUUCAAAGCUAAGAAUGGAACCUACAAGCGAGUCCCACAGAUCCCAAACAGCGGCUUUGACGGAGUCAACGGCGGGAUGACGGUCUACUACAUGCAAGAUGGGCUUUACGAUUUUGCACAGAAAUCGAAAGUCACAGCGUUUCAACCGGGAUUCCGCAUGUACAUUGGUGAUGUCAACGCCAGAUCUCGCAAGGAUGUGGAAAGGUUCCGACAGCUCACCUAUACUUGCCUGGAUACGAUCAAUACUCGUGAUCCCCAAACACUGGAUUUCCCGGCGAAGCCGUGCAAGACCGGAAUCAUGACUGCCCUUCGAUUCCCAACGUGCUGGGAUGGCAAGAAUCUUGAUUCGCCCGAUCAUAUGGCCCAUAUGUCCUAUCCCGAGAGCGGAUCCUUCGAGACUGGGGGUCCCUGUCCAGCGACUCAUCCCGUCAGGAUGGGCCAACUUUUCUACGAAGUCAUCUGGGACACUAGCAAGUUCAAUAACAAGGACGAUUGGCCUGCCGAUGGCUCCCAACCCUUCGUCUGGAGCUUUGGUGAUAGCACCGGCUACGCUAACCAUGGCGAUUACCUCUUCGGAUGGCAAGGCGAUGCACUCCAGCGAGCUUUAGACAACCCAUGCUACCAGACUUGCACAACACUAAAGUCACAGAACAACGCCGCGAUGAACAAGUGUGCUGGAAAGCGAGUCGUAAAUGAAGAUAUUGAUGGUUGGAUUAAGGAACUACCUGGCGGGUACCAGGCAAACUAUCGCAAGUAG